GUAAACCUAUUUGUAUGUAUAUAUACAAGUUAUCUUUUGUUUUCGAUUUUAUCCGCUUACAAUUCUGACCUGUUUACAGAAGAUAGAAUGGUCAACGACCAACUGAAUCGUGAUGCUUUAGAUGAACAUAAUCGAUUACGUGCAUUGCAUGGAUGUCCUCCAUUGAAAUACGAUGCAAGACUUGCCAGAGAAGCACAAUCCUGGACUGAGUAUCUUGCACGUAUGAAGAUUAUCAAACAUAGCAUGUGUGUUGGAUAUGGUGAAAAUUUGGCUUAUGCACAAUCUUCGGGGAAAGCAGAGAUGUCCGGCAUUCAAGCUACACAGAACUGGUAUAAUGAAAUUCAUGAUCAUAAUUUUAAUAAACAAUAUCAAAGUCAUUCGGGUCAUUUUACUCAGGUUGUCUGGAAGAAUACAUCAAGAGCAGGAUUUGGCAUUCAAAAAUCAAUUGAUGGACAUCACGUGUAUAUAGUAGGACGUUAUGAACCGGCUGGUAAUAUACAGGGUCAGUUUCAAGAAAAUGUACCUCAACCUACACGUAAACAAUCAACUCCUAAUUCACGAAUUGCUUCUUCCAAACAAGAUAAUUCAAUCAAUCGAAAUAGUCCACGAAAAACUAAUCCAGGUGAAAUUACUAUUGUUCGACAAACAGACAGGACAGACAAUACUGGUGGUUCAAAUCACAUUAAAUUGGUUUAUAGUCCUGAACGAAGAAACUCAGAAGAACCAAUACAAACCAAUCACAAAGGUGAUGUACAAAUAUACAAUGAAAUCGACAAACGAAAUGAAAAAGAGAAUGUGCGUGUAAUUCGAAGAGAAAAGAAAAGUCAACGAAAAUGUGCAAAACGAUGUAGUAUAAUGUAAUGAACAAUAAAUUUUUUUUGAAAUUGUCAAAUAAAUCAAUAAAUCUUAACAUCUUGAAUUUUUUUAGAUAUAUACGUUUGUAUUU